AUGCCAGGCAGAAACAUUCCUUUUUAUCCAGGUCUUUGGCUAACUAACAUCCUCUAUCCUUUUAAAUAUGCUUGGGGGAGGGAAGAUUGGGGAGUUAUUGUUUUGUUUUUUUCUUGUUCUUGUUGUGUAUUUUUGUCUUGUAUUUCUGUGCUGUGCACUGCCCUGGGAUCUACAGAUGAAGGGUGGUAUACAAGUUUAAUAAAUGAUAAUAAUGUAUUCGGGGCCAGAGAGGAAGGUGAGUUUUUUCAUCACUGGACUAGCCUAGAACACAUGUCACAAGGGGUAGCGCAGCAGUGGGGAAUCUGGGCCCAUUUAGACCUGGCAGAAGUCCUGCAUGAAGUGGCGCUGGUGUGGAUUUUUGGGGCGAGGGCAAAGAGAUGA